AUGAAAUUUCCAGGGUAUGCGGGCGUCAGUGUAGCAUGUUUGUUCGUGCUGAUUGCUACUGGAAGCUUACAGUCCGUUGCAGCGAAUCGUUACUGCGGUGAUCAACUGCCGAAAGUGCUGGCCAUGUUAUGUGCGGAAUAUUACACUUUGGACGACCUCAGGCAAAAUAAAGUUGAAUUUUACCCACAAAUGUCCCCUAACCAGUUUACGUCCCAGCUCCACUGGUCUGGAGAGAACUUCAAUGAGAAUGAAUUUAAAAGGAACAUUAAUGUGGCCCCAAACCAUAACCAGUUGGAAACGAUGGAUGACGACUGGACAUCGCAAUGGUUUAGGAAGAAACCAUUUCACCGGUUCAUUGUGCCGCAUAUGAAAGCAAGGCUGCGACGGAAUGUGGCGGACGAAUGUUGCCGUGAAGAUUGCACUAUAAAUCAGCUGCUGUCCUACUGCAAGAAGGUUGCUCCGGGAGUAUUGGAUAACUAGAGUACCUCAAGCUCAAGUGUAAUGUGGGUAGUAAUUAUGGUACUGAUCCAAAACGAAUAAGAUUAGUGAGGGGGAAUGCACACGUAUUUAGCAGGACUUGUGAGCAAAUAGUCGUAUUAAACUAAUCUAUUUCUGUGGAUUUCGUGCAAUUAAACAGUAUGAAGGCGUGUGAUGUGUUUGAAAGCUUGUAAAUUAGAAAGGCAUCUUAUGGCGAAGCAUGUAAGCAUAAAUG